GGUUUUCCAGCUAAACGAGAACUGUACAUUGAAAUUGACGUACAAGUUAACGACGUCGCCCGAAACUGUGUGGGAAGAGAAUCAAAGUUAUUGACGAUAUUUUCAUUUGUACAACCACAAUCUCGAGGAUCUAUUUUGAAAACUGAGGAUAUUAUAGAGCAACAUCCAUUGCCAUAGCAACAAGUAAGAUGCAGGUGGAACAACUUCAAGUGGAUGACACAAGGCAUGGACUAAAGAGAACGCUAGCUGAGAUGGAAUCUAAAGAUGAAAUGUCUUCAGCAGAGUCACAGUUGAAGAAACGAUGUCUGAUGCCGUUUGUCAAACCAAAGGGUCUAGAAUCGAACAUAACACUCUGGCAGUUUCUCCUGGAAUUAUUGAUGGAUAAAAACAAUCAACCGCUCAUCACGUGGACCAGUAAUGACGGCGAAUUCAAACUUGUCAAUGCAGAAGAAGUUGCUCGUAGAUGGGGACUGCGAAAAAACAAGACAAAUAUGAACUAUGACAAACUAAGCAGAGCGCUUCGAUACUACUAUGACAAGAACAUUAUCAAGAAAGUGAUGGGACAGAAAUUUGUCUACAAGUUUGUUUCGUUCCCAGAAAUUGUCAAGACGGAGACAAAAGUGCCAUUUCGUGUCAAAAUGGAAUCCAUCGAACCCCAAGUAUCAAGACCUCAUAGCUAUCCCGGGGCUGACAACUCUACGACAACUACAAGCAGUAAUAGUGUACUUCCUAGGACUAUUAGUAGCUUGGUAAGCCCACAAAAUAGACAAACGAGUUACUCAAACCCGGACUUGACAGUGAAAUCACAAGCAGGACACGUAAACCACAGCAGACCAUUGUUCUCACCAAAUGUCAGUAAUUUCACUCAACUGACUAGCGAUGUGCAUCUUGUUAGUAGCACAGGAAAACCAAUCAGCACAGUGUGCACGACAAUGCCAUCACCAAUUAGCAGACCCCAGCCUAUCCAGCUGAGUAUACCAAUGCCUGUUAGCAAGCCAAGUAUGACACUGCCGGAGUUGCGCACAACCAUGGCCAGCCCAUCGUACACUGGUUUCCACCCUUCCCAUUUCACCUUUCCGGGCACACCUGUAGUGCUUUCAAGCCCCAUCAUCAGCCAAGGAACACCAACACCGCUGUUUUCUUUCCCAUUUUGGAGUACGAUGAGUCCCAUGGCACUCAGUCCGCAAAUGAGUUCUAUGAAUCAUUUUCAGUUUCCAAUCAUUUCCAAUAUUAAUGGACACAUGGCUGCCAUGCAAGGCUUCAUGCCGCCGGUUUCUGCAUUCAACGCAGUCUCACCAGUUCUGUUAUCACCGACGUCACAUAAACCAAUCAUUGCUUCUUGAAUUGAAACAUAGAACAGAAACAUAAUUUUUAUUUUAAAUGUGGAAUAAUCUAAAUAUUAGAAGUUUUGACGUGAGGAACUAUUUUCUAGAUUAUCUUGACGAAUUUAUAGGCGACUGACAACACAGUUUACACUACUGAGCUUUGAGAGAUUUUUAACAUUUUUAUCGUAUGAUCAGAUACUGUACAAAUGUAAACCUUUUUUUCUUCUGAUCUAAUCUGUAUAUACAUGGAACAUACAGCACUUAAAAGCCUUGAAUGCAAGAUUGCUCUUUACUUUAAACAAUAACCGAACUGUACAAACAUAUUUGCUGGUCAAAGAAAUGACGGGAUGCUGCAACAAAACGUUCAUGGCGUUUGUAAAGAACGGGUCAGAAUACAUUAAUCUAAUAAUUGGUAAACAAACAGCCAUUACUAAUAUUACAUAAAACCUGUUCUGAAUCAUGUAAAUAGAUUUACUCUUUUUAGGUUUUUGGAGUUGAUUGAUAUAAGUGGAUUAAUGUUUUCUAUAUUGCGUUUAAAAUAUUACUACUGAUUUCCAUGCCAUGAAAUUGUAUCAUGAUUUUGUUUUAAUUUGAAAAAACAGAGACGAUGAAAGAUGUUAUCUUAAAACAAAAAACCUGUUAAGUAUAUUUUAAUAUAGAAUAUUUUGAAAUUCAUGCCAUUUAUUUUACAAAAUUUACAGAAAUUACCACAUUUGUGAAAAAUUAUAUUUUUUGUCAGGCAAAUGUUUUCAUUUUUAUUCAGUUUCAUCAUUUGGGAUAUUUCAUGUAGUUUUAACAGAAAUGACAAAAGUUUGGAGUCAUCGAUGUUCCAAAAACUGGCCAUGAUAUCACAAAAGAUGUAGAAUAUAAUGCUGUUACCCCACCAACUGUUGUUUUUUCUUGCAAGCAUAGUAAAUUUUAACUUUAUUUGCAAAUUAAUCUUGCAUUCUCAUUGCCUUCUUACAGUUUUAUUGAGCUAUCUUAAAAAAUGUUACAUCUGUUUUUUUUAUUUUCUGAGCAUAUUCCUUGACUUUUGGUGUGCUUUUAGUAUACCAGGAACAAAAUAUAUUCUGUAUACAGUAGCAACAAUCAAAACAUGUUUUGAGUUUAUAACUCAACCUAACCAGACAUUUUAAAAUUUGCAAAUGUUAACUGCACUUUUAGAAAAAAAAGGAUAUUUGAACAACGUGUUGUAUAACCAAAUACAAAAUACUAAAACUGACCAAUCUAGUGAUACCCUCUUUUCAAUCUAUGUUUAAAUGGAUGAGACGGGAUUUCUCACUGGCAAAAUGUGCCACCAUUAAAUGACUGUGCCAAACAUUUUCACAACAUAUUUAUAGGAUAGGAAAAAACAUCAAUCUAUAUUAUGUUUACAGCGUUUGAUUCAUAUUCAAUAUAAUUGAUGUGACUCAAAGUUACAGAUAGAAUAAUAUGUUUUAGUGAACCCUUUCAAUGGUAAUCACAAAAAAUUCCAAAUUUUAUUAAUCAAGCAUAUUUGGUUCAAGAGUAAAAACAUAAAUUUGACAAGA